CAACAGGUUUGCGCACACAUCCCGAGACCGAAGCUCGACCAGCUCGUUGCCAGUAACCGGUGAGUGCAUAGAGCAUAGCAGAGCAGAAAGAGUAGAGUUAUCCACUCGCCAUAUUUGUGCAGUAAUUGAAUUGCAACAGCACCGCAAUCUAGUUAUAAAAGUAAUUUCACGUGCAAACGGCAAAAACACUAAAAAAAAAAAAAAAUAGAAAAUAAUAAAAACGUAAUAAAACGAAUAGCUAAAAGUGCAAACACAGAUUGGUGAUAUAAACUUACAUACUACGCGACCACAAUAACGGAACCCGUUGGCUGUUUCCGGUUUGAAAAACAUCAAACAAAAUAACGACAAAGAGGAACAUGGCCCAGUUGAGAACUUCCGACGGCUGCGGGACACACAGCAUUGUCCUUCUGCUGUUGUUCUGCCUGUGCAGUAGCAGCAGCAUUCAGGCCGCAUCGAUACCCAACAACAACAAUGAGCUGGCUGCCACAGGUCUCAGUGACCAGGUGGUGGAACAACUAGCCGACAAUGAUCUCUACAGCAGCACCAACAACAAGCGGGCUUGGCAAUCACUGCAGGGAGGUUGGGGCAAGCGAGCAAGUGAUCCGGCUGCCCUGGAAAUGGAUGAUUCCAUCUAUAUGACUGGACAUUUUGUGCCCUUGGUCAUUACCGACGGCACCAACACCAUCGACUGGAACACCUUCGAGCGCAUGGCCAGCGGCAGCAAUCCCGAGCAACAGCAACAUUCACAGCAACAACAGCAGCAGCUGUCGCAGGAGGAGAGCGAUGACUACAACACGGACAACACGGUGGAGAAACGUGCCUGGAAGAACAUGAAUGUGGCCUGGGGCAAGCGACGACAGGCUCAGGGCUGGAAUAAGUUCCGAGGUGCCUGGGGCAAGCGUGAACCGACCUGGAACAAUCUGAAGGGCAUGUGGGGCAAGCGUGAUCAGUGGCAGAAGUUGCAUGCGGGUUGGGGCAAGCGUUCGAUGGCCAACUAAGCACAGAACCAAAAACCAAAAUAAAUAACACACGCUCGCUCUCGAUCGAUUUAGCAAAAACAGUCUAGGCAAAUAAACCCAUGGAUUUACAUACAUAUGAUACGAUUUAUAACUAGUCAACUAAACUGUGUAUAACAAUAUACUAAACCAAAAAAAAAAAUACUAAACUACUUAACUAACUAAUAAAAUACUAUGUGCAUUUUAGGUCAAUAUUUUCCAUAGAAUUCUUCUUCGUUCUUGUUGCCGUUCUCGAUGUCUAGUUUCGAUGCAAUUUGAAUUUGCAAGUUGAGGUCAAUUCCGAAAAUGUAUGAAAGCGCUCGCCACAAGAAAAAAACAAAGAUAAAAACAAAAAUUGAAAAUCAAAAAUAUUCGUAAAUUCGAAAAUCGAAAAUGUAUUUGUAAUUUGCAUAUGUAUUUGUUUUUAUGUGUAUGUGUUAAAGCCAGUAUUAUAACAUACUAAAAUAUAACCACUUGCACUAGUUCCCCCAAACAUACAAACAAAAGUAUACAAUUCCUCGUAUACAAUACAAAUAAAAAUAAAAUACUUAGAAAACGAAUGCAUUGAAAAGCUAGUUGCAAACCUUAACUUAGUUAAUGGAACUGUGCAUAUUUUUUAAAUACGUAUACAUACAAAACUUAACUAACAUAAAUGGGAAUUAUAUAAAAUGCAAUUAUCAAAAUAAAUCAACAAAAAUUAGCUUCAA